ACCUUCUGCGCGGCUGGAUCGGGCGCUGCUUCUCUGCUCUGCUUGCGGGGAGCGUUUCCCAUCCACGCAGCUAGCCCGCUGCCCUUUCCUUCCUUUCAGGCACCAGGUAUACCCUUUUUGCCCUGGUGAAGCAGUGAGCUUAGAUACUGCACGUGCUUCCCAGGAUCUUUUUGUUGAAAAGGGGCAGGCAUAUUUAGAAGCAAUUUACAAGAAAAGGUACAAGUUGUUCCUCAGGGUCCUUUCCAACUAUACAAUUCUAUGAUUCUAUGAAGAUAAAACAACAGAUGUCCCUGAGGCUUGAAAUUCUGUGACUGAUUUACAGAGCAUUUGUACUUGGCAGUCACAAUGCCAUCGUUUCCCACAGAAGCCGGGAUGGACACCUUGGCUUGCUCUCACUUCUCAGCCAGCUGCACACCCAAUGGAAUUCCGGAGAAGGAGCCUUGCAACUCCCCAGAGAAGGAGAGGAAGUGGAUCAGGCCUGACAUUCCAAGCAAGUGUACCUGGGAGCUUGGGAAAUCUCCUUCUGAGUCGCCCCAUCGCCAUGUUGCAAGAGCCGAGACUCCAAAAAUUAUGCCAGACAUCCUCAAGAAGAUCGGCGAUACUCCCUUGGUGCGAAUCAACAAAAUUGGGAAGCUCUUUGGACUUAAAUGUGAACUUUUGGCAAAAUGUGAGUUUUUCAAUGCUGGAGGGAGUGUGAAAGACCGGAUCAGCCUAAGGAUGGUAGAAGAUGCUGAAAGGGAUGGGAUUCUGAAACCUGGAGAUACCAUUAUCGAACCAACGUCAGGAAACACAGGGAUCGGACUGGCUUUGGCAGCUGCAGUGAAAGGUUACCGCUGUAUCAUCGUCAUGCCAGAGAAAAUGAGCAUGGAGAAGGUGGAUGUUUUGCGUGCUCUUGGGGCAGAAAUUGUGAGGACUCCAACUACUGCUAGAUUUGACUCUCCAGAAUCUCAUGUCGGUGUGGCGUGGAGACUUAAAAAUGAAAUCCCUAAUUCCCACAUAUUGGAUCAGUACCGCAACGCCAGCAACCCCCUGGCCCAUUACGAUUCCACGGCUGAGGAGAUCCUGCAGCAGUGUGAUGGUCAUGUAGACAUGAUCGUAGCUGGAGCGGGUACGGGAGGCACCAUCACUGGCAUUGCCCGAAAACUAAAGGAGAAAUGCCCUGAAUGCAAAAUUAUAGGUGUUGAUCCCGAAGGAUCCAUUCUUGCAGAGCCUGAAGGACUAAAUAAUACAGACAGGACAACUUAUGAAGUGGAAGGGAUUGGAUACGACUUCAUCCCUACUGUUCUGGACAGAUCAUUGGUGGACAAAUGGUACAAGUGUAAUGAUGAAGAAUCUUUUGCCUGUGCGCGCAUGCUAAUCAGAGAUGAAGGAUUGCUGUGUGGCGGCAGCUCAGGCAGUGCUAUGUCUGUUGCUGUCAAGGCUGCCAAAGAGCUGAAAGAAGGCCAGCGCUGUGUCGUCAUCCUUCCAGAUUCUGUCAGGAACUACAUGUCCAAGUUUUUGAAUGACAAAUGGAUGACUCAGAAAGGCUUCAUGAAAGAAGAAGAUGACAUUAUUAACAAGCCCUGGUGGUGGCACUUGAAAGUUCAGGAAUUGUGUCUCUCGGCUCCCCUGACAGUACUACCAAGCGUUACCUGUGAAAAGACCAUUGAAAUACUCAGAGAAAAGGGAUUUGACCAAGUACCCGUUGUUGAUGAAUCUGGAUUGAUUUUGGGAAUGGUUACCCUUGGCAACAUGCUUUCUUCACUGCUUGCUGGUAAAGUGCAGCCAUCAGACCAAGUCAGCAAAGUAAUCUACAAGCAGUUCAAAAAGCUAUCAAUUGAAUCACCGUGCAAAAUGUAUAAUCUGAUUCGACUGCAGGAUAACUUGGGGAAGCUGUCCCAUAUUUUGGAAAUUGAUCAUUUUGCUCUGGUGGUGCACGAACAGAUUCAGUGGCACAUGAAGGAGCCACAGGAUAUUCUCCACACAUAUGAGGAUCACAGCAAUGGCCAAUCCAGCAAAAAGCAAAUGGUAUUUGGUGUUGUCACAGCAAUCGACUUACUCAACUUUGUGACUGCCCAGGAACGACGAAGAAAGGCAACCUAAUUUCAAGAAGCACAUUGGUGGCAGCUGCUUCAGUAGCUUUUAGGGUUUUAAGUAUCUUUUUUUUCCCCUUCCCAUUUUUGUUAAGACAAUCUCAAUUUGAUUUUAUUUUUUAAUCUAACCAAAUAAACCAAGCAUCAUUAGUUGGAACCACAUGGGUUGUAAACAAGGUUCUGCAGUCAUAACUUCCAGUAUGUUAAGGAGCACACUGAAAAAGUAACCCAAACUGAAUUUAUGGUAGUCAUCAGGAUCGCUGCUGUUCAGUGAGAGGUUGUCUCCUCCACAAAGAUUGGUUCUCUUUUGCUGUGAUACAGCUGAGUUGCAGAACCCAGAACUGAGGAACUAGCAAUAAUGGCUGGGGUGACCAAACCGUUAAUGUCUCUGAUAGUGGCCACAUGGGGUUCUCCCCAAAGCACACCGUUCCUGCUUUCAUGAGUGCAAUGUACCUUCAAACUCUUCCUCACUAGUGUUGCAGGCUUGGGAGGCCUAGCUGCAACCUUAGGCAUCUUAUUCACCUUACAACCUGCUAGGUGUCGAGGCUCCUGUCUUCUGUACUGAAAACACACAAAAUAACAUCCAGGCCUUCAGUUCUCCCUUACUAGAUGUUUUAUAUCCUCUUCCGCACUUGGGGAAAAUCGUGGACAUGGGGCACACUGCAAAUUAUCUCUUUGUGUUGCCAAUUUACAGUCUGGAUUAUUGUCUGCACGUUGCUCAUAAGGUAAACAGAUGUACAGCAGCAACAUCAAAGAACACUAAAUUCUCCAUUGCUUUAGGUCAUUGACUCUGCCAGGUGUAAUAUGGAGAGUUUUUAUUUCCAUUAACCUAACCUUGGACAAUUUGACUAAUAGACUAUUGAACACCAAAAUUAUUCUAUAAUAGCCACCCUGUGUAGGCCAAAUAAAGUUUAACAAAUGCCCUAAUCUUUCAUGGAAAGUCUUAAUGAUUAUUCUUAGCUAGAAGUAUGUCUACAUUUGUUAUAUUGUGUUGCUUUAUGCCAGCUUCUGUUUUACUUUGCACAUGAGUAAGCUAAUGUUGUGUUGUGUUAUGUUUGGCUUGGGGGUGUUAUGUUAGUCUUUAUGGGGGAUACAGGAAACACAUUUGGCUCUUCAUUUACUCAGGUGAAUUUGUUUAAUUGAAUUGAUGUCGUUUUCCCUUCUGCGACUUCCUCUAAUUUUCACUGGAAAUUUUUAAGAAGCAUGAUACCGAUACUGUGAUUUGUUUUGUUUUGUUUUUUGCCAUUCUAUCUAUACUUGUGUUUUAUGUCAGAAAACCCUCUUGCUACAAUCAAACAUUCAGUGAAGUGUGCAUAAGAACAUUGGUUUCAUGUAGAAAACUCAGAUUUAUAUAUAAAACUUACCUCUAGAUGCUUUCUUAGUGUAAAUUCAGUUUGGUCCAGUUUAUAUAGCAGAUGAAAUACCCGUUGUCCAAUAUUUUGUUCAGUAUUGUAAUCACCAAGCAUUAGCAUUUUAGCAUUAUAAAAAAAGCAAAUCCAUAUGUUUCUAAAAGUUUUGUUCCAAAAAAGCUAAAUAAAAAUUAUUUCAUUUCUGACAAA